CAUUGGGGUCAGCUCGCGCGCGCGCGUGUGUGUGCGUGCGUGCAUCUGUGUCUGAAGGGCGGAUGUUGGCGUUGCUAGGACAAUGUGUUGACGUUGCUAAGGAAGUAUGGCGCAUGCAUGUUACAUGAAGCGGCCGUCGUAUUCUCAGAUAUAGUAUAUUUCUUAAAGCUUGUACAAUUGUUGCUGUAUUUGUCUUGGCGUAAAUUAAGAAACAGUCAGCGAAGUAAUGCUUGUAAAGGAAGCUUAAAUUAGACCGGUAUUCACUCUAGCAAUUGGCUGCCAGUGCCACUUUGAAGAUCAAGACGUGACUGUCAAACUACGUUAUCUGACAGGAUUGCUGUCAGUGGGUGUUAUCAGCAUGCGCUCCCAAAGACACCAAAAGAACAGUGCUACGCCAUGUUUUAUGCCUUCGGUGAACAGUUAUAAAUUGCGUCUUGCUGCAGUGAAGUCUUUGAUUCCUGAUAGAGAUGUUCAAAAAACUUUUGACCUCAAGUCAUGCCAAGAACUCGCCAAACGUCUUCAUGCUGACUCUUUGAAGCCAGCACCAAACAAUCUGUGCCAUGCUGGCCACAGUGGCAAGAGGCUGGUGCCUGGCCCAGUUCUAGCCUUUGUGGCAGAGCAGCGCAGUUCUCCAGCCCGUCAUCUGCCAGUGCCCAGCCCUCAGGCUAUGCCCCCCGGCCAGCCCUCCUGGGACCUGGGUGGUCAGUCUGUCCGAGCCAAGCCCUCCCGAUGCCAUGUCCGCUCUCGUAGCGCUGGGUGUUCAUCACACUCACAGAACCUCCACUCCCCUCAUCAGGCAACAGGUGAUCUGACCACAACAGCCGCAGCCUCACAUGGUUCUCUGCCUGGCUUUCCGAUGACUUUCUUCAGCCGUGACGAAGGCACCUCUAGCCCUGAGCGCUUGGACCUAAACAGCCGUGGGCUGAUAGAGUGCCCCCCGGUGGUGGGUCUGGAGAAGUUGCGGAUGCUGAACCUGCAGCACAACCUGCUGCGGAGCGUGCACAGCCUGGAGACGCUGAGGCGCCUGGUCUUCCUGGACCUCUACGACAACCAGAUCUCCGAGCUGUCCGGCAUCGCUUGCCUUUCCACACUCAAGGUGCUCAUGCUGGGCAAAAACAGGAUCCAGAGCAUAUGUCACCUGGAGAACCUCUUCAAGCUGGAUGUGCUGGAUAUGCACCAUAAUCAGAUCUCCGUGAUUGAGAACAUCUCUCACCUGUCGGAGCUGCGCAUCCUGAACUUGGCUGGGAACCGCAUCAGCGCGGUGGAAGGACUGACAGGUCUGGACUCCCUCCUGGAGCUCAACCUGAAGCGCAACUGCAUCACCACUGUGACGGAGGUGGACCGGCUUCCCUGCCUGCAGCGCCUCUUCCUCAGCUGCAAUAGCAUCAGCAGUUUUGAAGAGGUGUCCUGCCUGGGAGAGUCGCCCUCCCUGUGUGAGCUCACCCUUGAUGGGAACCCCGUAGCCGUGGAGACAUGGUACAAGCAGGCCGCCCUGCGCUGCAUGCUGCAUCUCAGACUCCUGGACAUGAAACGCAUCACGGAGGAGGACAGGCGCAUGGCUGGAGUCGUAGCUCGCAGGGAGGACGAGAAGAAGAAGGAGACUCACAAGCAGGCCAUUCACAAGGUGAUUACCCCGCAAAAAAGUGGCUCAGAGACGCGCCAACAUGAGGACUCAGUGGAGAAGGAUGAUGGCAAGGAGAAACGUCGGCUGGCCAUCCGCAAUGCCGCGCAGCAAUGGGAGGACCUUAAGUCCUGCUUGGACCUGCCCACUCAGAAUGGAGCCAAAGAGGACGUCAGCCCGGAGAAUAGCCCCACCCACAGCUUGGCACAAACCAAUGGGAUCGCUCAGGAUCCCUCUCCAGAUGAGCCCAAGCGGGUGAGCCCAGGAUUGGCUCCGGAUCGCCCAGCACCAGUCACUGAGAACAGGCUACGCACCAUUAGUCGUCCCAACAGCCCGCGAGACCCAAGGUUACAGGAAGGUGGCGGCGGCGGCAGCACAGUGCAGAGCCUGUCCCUGUCGGAGAGCCACCUGGCGGAGCUGGACGGGGAGACGCUGCGUCUGUUUGGUAGCGGCGCGCUGGAGGCCCUGGAGAGGGGCUGGGGGGUCCAGACGGCCGGAGCCGUCACCACCAUCGCCUUCCGCUACGUCAGCUUCGACGCCAUCGUGCCCACGCUGCCGCGCAUACGCGUCAAGUUCCCCAACCUCGCCCACCUUAACUUCUCGGAGACCAACAUCAGUCGUCUGCCUCAGCUGGCUGCGCUGUCACAGGUGCGCCGUCUGGACCAGAUCACCAUCCACCCUGAGGGCAACCCUGUGGUGGGCCUCAGCCUGUGGAGACCCUUCCUGCUCUACCGCCUGCACCACUUCAACCUGCAGAAGCUCAACGGCGUGGAGGUGACCAUCAAUGAUGUCAUAGCUGCAGAGCGUCUGUUUGGGACACUGGGACACAUCGCGGCCACAGAGACGCCACACUGCCGACUGCUGCUGCUGCUGGAGGAGAGCAGGAAGCGUCAGCUGCAGUUCCUCUUGGAGGGUCGUGGGCGGCGACUAGGGGAGGAACUAAAGGAGAAUGGACGGUUGUUGGGGGAGGGGCUUAGCCGGGCGCUCUUCAACUAUCCCAACAGAGACACCAACAGCGAUGGACCAGAGGAGGGCGUGGCGGAGUCCCUGGCCCAGUCGUUCGUGGAGGGGGUGGUGCGGCGCACGGCGGACACCAGCGUGAAGCGCGAGGCGCUGCACAAGCUCUGGCCCUCCAUGUUCGUGGAGCUGGUGCGGGACUGCGUGCUGGAGGCCCGGGGCCACGCAGGCUCGACAGGGGGGGCCACACAGACACAGACUUCUCAGAGCCCUCAGACUCCUCUGGCUCAGACCUACCCACAGGCCUGCCUCAGCAGACUCAUGGCCCCCAGCAAGUGAGGGAAGCAAGGGGCCACAGAGUGAAGGUGGAGGGAAGGAGGAAGAAAAGAGGGAAGGGGUGGAUGUGCCAGGGAGGGGAAAGAAGAGGAGGCCAAGGAAAGGAGGAUAAAAACACGGUGGAGGAAGAGGUGGAGGUGGAAGGGAAGGAUAGAGGAAAAGGUGGAGGUAGGAGGAGGAGGACGAGGAGGAGGACAAAGUCAAGAGAUGUGAUGGGUCAAGGAUGGUGCCCUAAUGUCUUCCCUUAUGAACAGGACUCGCAAACCAACAGAGCCAUACUGCAGUCCCGUAGUACUGCUGCCUCUUAGUGCACACACACACACACACAUACACAUGGACACACACACACACACACACACACACUGAUGGACUCAGACACACACACACAUGUGUACAUGAAAGUACACACACACACACACACACACACACACACGCGUGACCUUGCCUUGGUCCUUGUCAGACUGUUGAAAGUGUCUUAGGUUCUCUGUCACAUUCCAGUAAGACUUCCCAUGACACACACACACUCAUACUCUCAUACAAACACACACACACACACACACACACACACACACACACACACACACACACACACACACACACACACACACACACACACACACACACACACACACACACACACACACACACACACACACUCCAACCACACACCCCUUGUCCCUGGGCCAGUCCAUGCCCAAGACCUUGCCUUUUGCAGUGUAGCUGGCCUUGACAUGACUCUUUGACAUUUCAUUGAUUGCUCCCACACACACACACACACACACACACACACACACACACACACACACACACACACACACACACACACACACCAAUGUACUCCGUCACUCCGCUGUUUCCUUGAAUGUACAGAUCACGCCGCGCUAUCAGUGCUUCACGCCCCACUUCCUGUCCAGCUGAAUUCUAGGAAACAUAGAGGAUGCUGGGAAGGGCAGUUCCACUUCGCAUGAUGGCAAGAACUGAAAGAAAUACGCAAAAGAAACGUAAAAGAAAAAGAGAUAUGCCUUGACCAACAUCCUCUCUGUGGUUUAGACUUUGAAUGAAACUGGAGUUGAUUGCCUGAGUUGUCAAGUCCAAGGUGUUCACCCCUCCCCUCCCCAGCCCAUCCCUCUCUCUUUCUCUUUCUCUCUGAGUCAUCACUCAUUCAUUCAUGCCUCUUCUGACUGAAAGAAAAGGAGGGUAGACAAAAAAGAGACACAAAAAGAGAGAUUUUAAAAAGACACCCUAAUUGCACUUCUGUUUUUUUUUUUUUUCUCUUGGACUUUUCUGUAUUUUACUUGAUAUUAAAAAAAGAUGACAAUGAUGACA